AUGGAGAUUCUAAUCCAAAUACCGCAAUGGCUCGUUGACAUGCUGGAGCUCGCAUAUUCAAAGGGUGAAACAGCAUACAACCUCCUGUUGGAGCAUUUUUCGUCCAUUUGGAGUUUUGUCACGUAUCAGUGGAACUCCCUCUUUCUCAUGCUUAGUAUGAUAUUCUUCUGGCCAAUGUGGGUGUACAUUGCAGUUACGCUGACUACUGCCUCAGCAUGGAUAUUUUGGAUAUUUGCAUCGCUCUUGCUGGGACUAAUUCAAAUGAUAUAUGUAUCCUACCAAUUUGUGAUGAUUGCCAAUGACGUGAUGAUUUUGACUUGCCUGAAAACGUAUCAAGUCAUUAUGCGUUCACGCACUACUCAACUUCUAUUCUUCUUCAGCAAUACGCUGAGAAAAAAACGAAUUCGAACUUCAAGGCGACGAAAGUGGAGAUGUGAAUGUGAAUUAGCAAAGUCAUAUUCCGAAUUUCUACAAGUGCAGGUGAUGGAACCAAAGGAACCCGAAUUGGAGAAACCACCAACUGGUGUCAACAAGCCAAUGAAGCGAAGAACUCAUUCCUUCGCGACGAUGCAAACACUUUAUGAGGAGCAAGAUGGAAUAACCAAUCAGGGGGCCGAAUCGCCUCGCAGACGCGCCCACGAAAUGAAACGAAUGAGUUCGUUUUCUAGGGCGUUGCUCGACUUUGACAAUGAGGACACCACCCCCAACAUGGAUCCAACUGUGGCGCAAGAUCUUGGAGAAAUGACUACAGAGCUAUUGCAAUCGACUUUGAUCCUCAAACGCAAUCACUUGACACUCGAAGACUUGGUAGUCAACAAUGCCCGAGCUGUUGCUUUUUCCGGGCAAUAUGGAUUUUCUGCGGCGUCUAGGAGGCAAAUCGGUGCCUACUAUAACGAAGUGUCUAAGGGGCUUGAAUUUCUAGCAGAGGCCCCUGUUUCGGCGGACGAACCACUUGCUAUACUUUCGGAUCGGAUAAGUCUCGUACGGAAAAUGAAGCAGAACAUGGGAAGGACUGCAUUGAUGCUCUCUGGUGGAGGAGCUCAAGCGAUUUAUCACUUGGGAACGCUGCGGGCUCUCAUUGAUGCGGAUCUUUAUGACGAUAUUAAAGUGAUCUCCGGAACUUCAGGAGGAAGCAUCACGUCCGCCUGUUGCGCCAUGUAUUCCACGAAAGAAAUCUUUGAGAAAAUCUGCGUUCCAACUGUAUCAACGGACUUUAAAUUGAAUGGUGAAAUGAAGCAGAAGAAUAUCAAAUGGUUUCCACCAAUUCAAGACAUGGUGGCAUAUUGGUUGAAGAAACGGCUCUUAGUGGACAGUGAGUACUUUUAUCGGACUUGUGAGUUCUACUACGGAGCAACCACCUUUGCUGAAGCAUUUGAGAGAACGGGAAAACAUGUAUGUAUUACGGUUUCGGCUAGCCGCGCAAGUGGUGGCACUGCACAGCGUCUGUUACUGAAUCACAUAUCGACUCCACAUGUGACUUUGGCUAGCGCUGUUGCCGCUAGCUGCGCAUUGCCCGGUGUCAUGAAGCCAGCAAAAUUACAAACAAAGAGUUCAUUGGGAGAAAUCGAGCCUUUUGAAGUCGACGGAGUGGAAUGGAUAGACGGGUCAGUGCAAGCCGAUCUUCCAUUCCAGCGGAUUUCGACGCUUUUCAAUGUAUCGAACUUUAUUGUUUGUCAGACGAACUUUCAUGUUCAGCCAUUUCUGAACAAAGAUCAUCAUCCGAGUACGCGGAGUGCGUAUUGGAAACUGUUUCAACUUUUCGAGUGGGAUAUUCGCAGUCGUGCAUUGAAAUUGGGAAAGCUUGGUUUAUUUCCGAAGAUUUUUGGUCAAGAUAUAUCAAAAGUCUUCAAGCAGAAAUAUCACGGCAACCUCACGCUUGUUCCAAGAUUCACCGCAGCCCAAACCUUUGGGUUGAAAGCAUUAGUGAACCCAUCUGUAAAAGAAAUGGAGGGAUAUCUCAAAUAUGGCCAGGUUGCGGUAUGGCCAUAUGUCAGUGUAAUCCGAGAUAUGAUAAGGUUAGAGAAAUCCUUGGAUGAAUGUCUGGAUAACCUGAAGGUCAGAUGUAGUAAGCUCCACGUUGAAAUAGACAUGUCAGAUACAGACGAUCUAGAUUCGAUUGCUUCAAGCAGUGCUAGUCUAAACGCUAUCAGUCUUCGCAGAAGCAGCGUCCGUUUUGGGCAUCAUUCCGAGAUAGAAAGGCUGAAGAAGAAGUUGUCCCAAGUUGGAAGAUGA